AUGCCCGUCAUUCCCGAGAACGCGGCCCAGAACCCGGCACUGGCAACCACAAGACGUCGUGAGCCGCUCUUCCGACCCGGUACCGACGCCAACCAAGCUCUCGUCAUCUUCGUUUUGGGCGGCCCGGGAGCUGGAAAGGGUACGCAAUGCGCCAACCUUGUUCGUGACUAUGGCUUCACACAUCUCUCCGCCGGUGAUCUCCUCCGCGCUGAGCAGGACCGGCCCGGUUCUCAAUUCGGUGACAUGAUCAAGACGUAUAUCAAAGAAGGCCAGAUUGUACCCAUGGAAGUCACCAUCAAGCUGCUUGAAAACGCCAUGACGGCGACCAUUGAGAUGGACGGAAACAGAAAGUUCUUGAUCGAUGGUUUCCCACGCAAGAUGGAUCAGGCGGUCGAGUUUGAAGGACAGGUUGUGAAGAGUGUGUUUACCCUCUUCUUCGACACGACCGAGGAGACGAUGCGCAAGAGGUUGUUGAAGCGUGGAGAGACGAGUGGACGAGCGGAUGAUAACGAGGAGAGCAUCAAGAAGCGCUUCAGGACGUUUGUGGAGACCAGCAUGCCUGUUGUCGAGGCGUUUGAGAAGGAUGGCAGACUGGUCAAGGUGGAUGCUAGUGAAAGUCCGGAGCAGGUGUAUGAGAAGGUGCAGAAGGGAUUGACGGAGAAGGGCAUUGAGAAGUCAUAA